UGUAAAAUGGCUGAUCGUCAAGUGCACACACCAUUGGCUAAAGUUCAGCGCCACAAGUACACCAACAACGAGAACAUUUUGGUGGACCAUGUUGAGAAAGUUGAUCCAGAAGUUUUCGAUAUCAUGAAAAAUGAGAAGAAGCGGCAGCGUCGUGGACUUGAGCUCAUCGCUUCCGAGAACUUCACAAGCAAGGCUGUUAUGGAUGCUCUUGGCUCGGCAAUGUGCAACAAAUACAGUGAAGGAUACCCUGGAGCUCGGUAUUACGGAGGAAAUGAGUUCAUCGAUCAGAUGGAGCUCCUUUGCCAGAAGAGAGCUCUUGAGGUAUUCGGACUUGAUCCAGCCAAGUGGGGAGUCAAUGUGCAGCCAUUGUCCGGAUCACCAGCCAAUUUCGCAGUCUACACUGCCAUCGUUGGAUCCAAUGGACGCAUUAUGGGCCUCGAUCUUCCAGAUGGAGGUCAUUUGACUCAUGGAUUCUUCACCCCAGCUCGCAAAGUCUCUGCGACUUCUGAAUUCUUCCAGUCUCUUCCAUACAAGGUUGAUCCAACAACUGGAUUGAUCGACUAUGACAAGCUUGAGCAGAAUGCAAUGCUUUUCCGUCCAAAAGCCAUCAUUGCCGGAGUUUCCUGCUACGCUCGUCAUCUCGAUUAUGAACGUUUCCGUAAGAUUGCCACAAAGGCUGGAGCCUAUUUGAUGUCUGAUAUGGCUCACAUCUCCGGACUUGUUGCCGCUGGACUUAUCCCAUCACCAUUCGAGUAUUCUGAUGUUGUAACCACAACGACGCACAAGUCGCUCAGAGGACCACGUGGAGCUUUGAUCUUCUACAGAAAGGGUGUCCGAUCUACCAACGCAAAGGGAGUUGACACUUUGUAUGAUUUGGAGGAGAAGAUCAACUCGGCCGUGUUCCCAGGACUUCAAGGUGGACCACACAAUCACACUAUUGCUGGAAUUGCCGUUGCUUUGAGACAAUGCCUUUCUGAAGAUUUUGUUCAGUACGGAGAGCAAGUGUUGAAGAAUGCCAAAACCUUGGCCGAGAGAAUGAAGAAGCAUGGAUAUGCUUUGGCAACCGGAGGAACCGACAAUCAUUUGUUGCUUGUUGACUUGCGCCCAAUCGGAGUUGAAGGAGCUCGUGCUGAGCAUGUGCUUGAUCUCGCUCAUAUUGCUUGCAACAAGAAUACGUGCCCAGGAGACGUUUCUGCUUUGAGACCAGGAGGCAUUCGUCUCGGAACUCCAGCUCUCACCUCCCGUGGAUUCCAGGAGCAAGAUUUCGAGAAAGUCGGAGAUUUCAUUCAUGAGGGUGUUCAAAUCGCAAAGAAGUACAAUGCUGAGGCUGGAAAGACAUUGAAAGACUUCAAAUCAUUCACUGAGACCAAUGAACCAUUCAAGAAAGACGUCGCUGAUCUCGCCAAACGUGUUGAGGAGUUCUCCACGAAGUUCGAGAUUCCAGGAAACGAAACUUUCUAAUUUUAAUCAUCAUCGUCAUUAUCAACAUUGCAUUUGUAUUUAUAAAAACAUUCCCGCCAUUUUAUCACUUUCAUGUUUGAAUUUUAAACAGGAGAAAUAAAUAUUGAUCUUUUC